AUGAGUAACUUAGAAGCAUCAUUGUUUCAUUUAAAGUUCGCGGCCAAAUCGCUGAAUAAACAAUCGAUAAAGGCGUCUAAGGAAGAACGGGCAGAACGUGAGAAAGUAAAAAAGGCAAUCUUAAAAGGAAAUCAAGAAGUUGCUCAAAUAUAUGCCUCGAAUGCCAUUCGUAAACAACAAGAAUCCCUUAACCUUUUAAAGCUCUCAUCGCGCAUUGACGCGGUUUCUAGCAGGUUGCAGACUGCAGUGACCAUGAGAUCGGUUUCUGGAAAUAUGGCUUCUGUGGUUCGUGGUAUGGAUAAAGCUAUGCAAAGCAUGAAUCUGGAUAAAAUUUCUCAAAUUAUGGAUAAAUUCGAAACUCAGUUUGACGACGUUGAUGUUCAGACAGAUUACAUGCAUAAAACUAUGGGUUCUGCUACUGCUGUCGAUACUCCCCAAGAGAAUGUCGACUUAUUAAUGCAAUCCGUUGCUGAUGAGGCGGGAUUAGAAUUCAAUCAAAAUAUGAACAAUAACCUCUCUGUUCCUCAAGAAAAGGUUCCAACCCCCUCUCCAGCGGUCGAAGAUGACAGUCUUCAAGAACGACUGAGAGCCUUGCGUUCUUCUUGA